AUGGGUCCCCCUUCCAGCUCCGGUUUCUACGUGAGCCGCGCACUGGUCCUGCUGCUGGCGGGGCUGGCGGCUGCGCUCCUGCUGGCGCUGGCGGUGCUCGCCGCCCUGUACGGCCACUGCGCGCACGCCCCGCCGUCUGAACGGCUUGGCCUCGGGGUCCCGGACGCCGCGUCCUCCCCUCCCCGCAGGCAGGAGGAGCCAACGCCGACCCCGAAACCCGGCCGUGCACACGAGCCGACGGUGACUAGCACCCCGCACGACUGGCGACCCCCGGGGCCCUGGGACCAGCUGCGCCUGCCGUCCUGGCUCGUGCCGCUGCACUACGAGCUGGAGCUGUGGCCCCGGCUGCGGCCCGAUGAGCUCUCGGCGCCGUCGUUGCACUUCACCGGCCGCGUGAACAUCACGGUGCGCUGCACGGUGGCCACCAAGCUAUUGCUGCUGCACAGCCUCCUCUUGGACUGCGAGCACGCCGAGGUGCGAGGUCCCUUGGCCCCGGGCACCCGGAACGCCACCGUGGGCCGCGUGCCUGUAGAAGACGUGUGGUUUACGCUGGAUACGCAAUACUUGGUGCUGGAGCUCGGCGAGGCACUGCAGCCUGGUAGUCACUACGAGCUGCAGCUCAGUUUCUCGGGUCCAGUGUACCGGGACAUCAGGGAGGGGCUCUUCCUCAACGUCUACACCGACCAAGGGGAGCACAGGGCCCUGGUAGCAUCUCAGAUGGAACCAACAUUUGCCAGGAAUGUUUUCCCUUGUUUUGAUGAGCCAGCUCUGAAGGCAAGUUUUAAUAUUACAAUUAUUCAUCAUCCAAGUUAUGUGGCCCUUUCCAACAUGCCAAGGCUAGGUCAAUCUGAAAAAGAAGAUGUGAAUGGAAGUAAAUGGACUGUUACCACCUUUCAUACCACACCCCACAUGCCGACUUAUUUAGCCGCAUUUGCUAUAUGUGAUUUUGAUCAUGUCAGCAGAAUGGAGAGGGGCAAGGAGAUACGCAUCUGGGCUCGGAAAGAUGCCAUUACAAAUGGAAAUGCAGACUUUGCUUUGAAUAUCACAGGUCCCAUCUUCUCUUUUCUGGAGGAUUUAUUUAAUAUUAGUUACUCUCUUCCAAAAACAGAUAUAAUUGCCUUGCCUGAUUUUGACAACCAUGCAAUGGAAAAUUGGGGACUAUUGAUGUUUGAUGAAUCAUUAUUAUUGCUGCAACCAAAUGAUCAACUGACAGAAAAAAAGACUGUGAUUUCUUGCAUUGUCUCCCAUGAGAUUGGACACCAGUGGUUUGGAAACUUGGUUACCAUGAAUUGGUGGAACGAUAUCUGGCUCAAUGAAGGUUUUGCCUCUUAUUUUGAGUUUGAAAUAAUUAACUACAUCAAUCCUAAGCUCCCAAAAAAUGAAGUCUUUUUUUCUCACAUUUUACAUAUCCUCAAAGAAGAUCACGCCCUGGUGUCUAGAGCUGUGUCCAUGAAGAUGGAAAAUUUCACAGAAACAAGUGAAAUAAGAGAACUCUUUGACUUAUAUACUUAUAACAAGGGAGCUUCGAUGGCCCGGAUGCUUGCUAGUUUCUUGAAUGAGCAUUUAUUUAUCAGCGCACUAAAGUCAUAUUUGGAAACAUUUUCUUACUCAAAUGCUGAACAGGAUGAUCUAUGGAGGCAUUUUCAAAUGGCCAUAGACGACCAGAAUAAAAUUCUUUUGCCAGCAACAGUAAAAGGCAUAAUGGACAGCUGGACACACCAGAAUGGUUUUCCAGUUAUCAAUUUAAAUGUAUCUACUGGUGACAUGACACAGGAGCCAUUUUAUCUUGAAAAGGUUGAAAAUCAGACUCUUCUAACUCACAAUGGCACAUGGAUUGUACCUGUUCUUUGGAUAAAAAAUGGAACUACACAAUCUUUAGUCUGGCUAGAUAAAAGCAGCAAAGUAUUCCCUGAAAUGCAAGUUUCAGAUUCCGAUGAUGACUGGGUGAUUUUAAAUUUGAAUAUGACUGGAUAUUACAGAGUUAAUUAUGAUAAAUUGGGUUGGAAGAAAUUAAAUCAACAGCUUGAAAAGGAUCCUAAGGCUAUUCCUGUUAUUCACAGACUGCAGUUGAUUGAUGAUGCCUUUUUCUUGUCUAAAAACAAUUAUAUUGAGAUUGAAACAGCACUUGAUUUAACCAAGUACCUUGCUGAAGAAGAUGAAAUCAUAGUAUGGCAUGCAGUCUUGGUAAACUUGGUAACCAGGGAACUUGUUUCUGAUGUGAACAACUAUGAUAUAUACACAUUAUUAAAGAAAUAUCUCUUAAAGAGACUUAAAUCAAUAUGGGAUAUUUAUUCAACUAUAAUUUGUGAAAAUGUGGCGGCAUUGCAAGAUAACUAUUUAGCUCUAAUAUCACUGGAAAAACUUUUUGAAACUGCAUGUUGGCUGGGCCUUGAAGACUGUCUUAAGCUGUCAAGAGAACUCUUCAGAAUGUGGAUGAAACACCCAGAGAAUGAAAUACCUUAUCCAAUUAAAAGUGUAAUUUUAUGUUAUGGCAUUGCCUUGGGAAGUGAUAAAGAAUGGGACUUUUUGUUAAAUAUCUACACUAAUAAAACAGAGGAAGAAGAAAGGAUUCAACUUGCUCAUGCAAUGAGUUGCAGUAAAGAUCCAUGGAUACUUAACAGAUAUAUGGAGUACGCCAUCACUAAAUCUCCAUACACUUUUGAUGAAACAAAUGUAGUUGAAACUGUGGCAGCAUCUGAAGUUGGCCGGUACAUUGCAAAGGACUUUUUAGUCAACAAUUGGCAAGCUGUGAGUAAAAGGUAUGGAACACAAUCAUUGGUUACUCUAGUGUAUAUAAUAGGGAGAACCAUAAAUACAGAUUUACAGAUCAUGGAGCUGCAGCAGUUUUUCAGUAACAUGUUGGAGGAGCACCAGAGGAUCACAGUUCUUGCCAAAUUACAGACAAUAAAGAACGAAAAUCUGAAAAACAAAAAGCUAAGUGCCAGGAUAGCUGAGUGGCUACGGAAAAACACAUAG